AUGGAUUUUUAGUCAUUGGUAUGGAUGGUCCAUUUAUGUUAAAUGGAUCACCUUGAAUCAAGUUAAGAGACUUUUACUCAUUUGUUUGUUAUUUUAAUCUUUACACUUGGAUUUGCUCAGAUAGUGUGGUGAUAGGCUGUCCAGUAUUGCUACACUCCAUUCACAUCUUCAGCAGAAAAUUACAGAUAUUACAAUAUUACAAUAUUAAUAUUAACAAUAUUAAAUAGACCUGUACAUGAAAAUCUAAAAAUAUCAGGAGAAUAUAACUGUUAUUUAUACUCAACUGGAGGAGGAAAGAACAAUCAAACCAUUAUUUAUCUGGAAGAUGUAUUUCACAGACUUGGUGCAGCCAUGCUCCAGAUAUUUAUCAAUGGGUUCAAAGAGCAUGUUUUAUUAUAGCACAUAGAAAAAAUCUUUGACUUUUGUUGGUUUUAUAUGAUUAUUUUCCAUCAGAUUAGCUGCAGUGUCUGAUGACUCAAGCUCAUGUAUCAGUUCUGAUAUCAUGUGUCAGUUUUGAUAUAAAAGGACUGAGAGAGAUUUUGCAGCUUAUAUUGCCCAUACUAAAAACACUGAUCUUCUCCAAAAACAGCAGGACCACAAUAUCUAACUAUGAAGUCGUGUUCCUGCUAUUUUCCAGUUGUACCAGAUGUGAAUGUGAUUUUUUUUUUCUUAUACCACACAAAUCAGUUAAUCAUACAUGCAAAUCAUACCCCUACCUCUCUUAUCACUAUUCAAUAAAUGAAAAAUGCCACUAAAACAAUCAUAAAAAGAAAGGAGAACAUAUUCUGAUAUAGGACUUCCACACUGGAUAUGCUUGUGUAUCCUCACUGCUUAUGUGUUGUCUCCUCUGAGAAGUGUUUUGUUAGCUCGAAUGUCCUUUAGGAUGGUGGGCCUUGACUGUAUGCAGUCACUCAAUCCCGCUGUUAUUGGAAGACCUCGAUCGAGGAGCACUGAGAUGCAUAAAUAAGAGCUGUGCCCCAGUGUGCUCACUUAACUUCCUCUUCCUGUUGCCCACUUCCCCUUAUUUUGUGUGUUCAUGUGACUCUCAGUGGUGACUGAGGACGUCCAGCAGCCACUGAGAGGGAAGUGUGUGAUUCAGCCCUUCACUCCUUCCUCCUCUGACCUCUCACUGAUGCUCACUUGAGCGUGAUGAUUUGAGGAAAUUCAAACUGCAGGAUUAAUGAGCCCAGAGACUAAAUCCAAGAGAUGAAUAGUUUUACCUCAGGGGCAUCAUCUGGUGAAGAGCUGCUCUCCUUGUUUCACCCCCGUCCCCCCCGGCCCAUGUGAGGCCUUGAUGUCAGACGACAUGUGACCUCACCUGUGAUGGACGUGCUUCAGAGCUACAGCUGACCGCUUUUUGCUUGCUCCCUCGUGUACACUUUGGACAUAUAAAAGCGGCGAGGGGGCCCUGCGCACUUUCACACAGACCACCAGUCUCAGCCCCGAGUCUACUCCUUUACGCACACACUGCCACAGUCAUCAUGUCUGCUGGAGGAGAGAAAUCCAAGUCUGCUUCCCAGACUGAUGGGAAGGCGGCUCAGAACAAGAUGUCUGAGAUGGGAAUGAUGUCCUACAAGAUGUGCGUGUUUGACCAGGAGAACUUCCAGGGCCGCUGUAUUGAGAUCAAUGGCGAGUGCAUGAAUGUGUGCGACAUGGGAAUGGAUAGGGUGCGCUCCCUGCGCGUCGACUGUGGACCCUUCGUGGGUUUUGAGCAGAUGAACUUCUGUGGCGAGAUGUUCAUCCUGGAGAAGGGUGAGUACCCCCGCUGGGACUCCUGGAGCAACUGCCAGAAGAACGACUACCUGCUGUCCUUCAGGCCUGUCCGCAUGGAUCCUGAGAAACAUAAGAUCUGCCUGUAUGAAGCUGGGGAGUUCAAGGGUCGUAAAAUGGAGAUCAUGGAUGACGAUGUCCCCAGCCUGUUUGCCUAUGGUUUCACAGACAGAGUGGGCAGUAUCAUGGUCAGCUGUGGAACUUGGGUGGGUUAUCAGUACCCUGGCUACCGCGGCAGCCAGUACCUGCUGGAGAAAGGCGAUUACAGGCAUUUCAAUGAGUUUGGCGCCCGUUGCCCCCAGAUGCAGUCCAUGAGGCGCAUCCGCGACAUGCAGUGGCACCCACACGGCUGCUACACCAUGUCUGCCAAGUGAAACCCGGCGAGGGCGAGGAAGAGAGGAAUUGGAGGCGAGACAGAGGCCGAGGGGGGGCAAAGGUGGAGAAGGGAAGGCGAAGAAGGAGAGGAGGGAGAGGGUGUAAUAUUUUCUUCUCUGUCCUGAAAUCUCUUGGUGGUUUGAGUGGAGGAUGGAGGGAAAGCAGUAGGUUGUUAUUUUUAGUUGUUGGAACAUUGUAAUCUAGUGACCAAUGAAAAGUUAUUCAAAAUGAAGCAGAGGAAGAGGAGAUAAUUACACUGGCCGUUGAGACUGUACCUGAUAAUAAAUGCUCUCUCCAUUUUUGUUCUCCCUCUCUCACCGUCUCUGUUUGUCAGCUCCCUGCUCCACACUUUCCUCCCUCUCCUCCCCUCCCUCCCUCCCUCUCUCCCCUCUCGCACACUUCUCCUCCACAUCCCACCAACGUCAGCCCUCGCUCAGCCUGUAAGAGCCUGACUGAGAGGGGUACCAGUGUGGAUUUGUGUGUGUUUGUGUGGGGGAUCUGAGACAGAAGAGAGUGCUCAGAUCCUGUAACCACAUCAACCCGAAAACCCAAUAAAGCAUCUCACAUCCUG